AUGGUUCAGCAAGACCCACACCAAGGCGGCACCCUCUCUGAAAUGGGCCAAGGCACAUCCAUGCCCAACGAUGCCGGCAAGAUGAAUACCAUCCCCUCGGUGCCACGUCCAGACCAGCGCGCCGAACACUCCGACUUCGACAAUGAAGGCGUCGCGCAGCCAUCUACAGUAAUGGCUGCUGACAACACCACCGAUUGGCCACGCUCGACCCGGGAUGUGGGUCAGAGCGGCGAGGUCAUCAGCGGCACAGGCAACUCAAUGGAAGCCGGUGUGGAGGCCAAGCGUGCCUACAUGGGCCCUAAUCACCACGCUGGCCAUGGCGAAUCUCGCGAGAUGAAGGGUGCCAAGUACGGCCAGAGUGUGUUUGAUCGUUAUCAGGCGGAGUAG